AUGUCUUCCUUGAGGUCAGAAGAGGGCGCCUACUCGACUUCGCGAGUUUUUCCAACUCAGGAGAUCUUCGCAACUGAAAAACAUGCCACUGCUGAGACCAAGUCCGGCUCUGAUGAUGUCGAGAACGCUGUUGUCACCGCCCCUUUGGUCGAGACAGCUGGAUAUCAUCGGGCUCUGGGCAGGCGACAAAUAAUGAUGAUGACCUUUGGUUGCGGCAUCGGAACUGGUCUUUGGGUGGGUACGGGACAGGCGCUGAAGUAUGCCGGUCCGGGUGGCAUUGCCAUCGUGUACACCGUCUUUGCCUUUAUUGUCUACGUUCAAUACUGUUCCGUCGGCGAAAUGACCACCUACAAGCCUGUCCAUGGAGGUUUCAUCCGACAAGGUGCUCAGUAUGUCGAUCCGGCUUUUGGCUUUGCUCUGGGAAUCAACUUCUGGUUCGCGUGGGUGAUGAUCAUUCCCGCCGAGAUCACUGCAGCCGUAUCCGUGAUGAAAUUCUGGCCGGCGAGCGAUGUCGUCCCGCUGGCCGCGUACAUCACGAUAUUCCUUGUCACCAUUGCCGUCUCCAAUGUCUUCCACGUACGUAUCUACGGGUACAUUGAGUACUGCAUGUCCUUCGCCAAAUGUCUGGCUGUCAUUGCCGUCAUUAUGUUUCUCUUCAUCAUGACCUCUGGUGGCAUCCCAGCAACACACGGCCCUAUCGAGUUCACCUAUUGGAAGAAUCCCGGUGCCUUUACCAACGGGAUGAAAGGUAUCUCAAAGGCCUUCGUCCAGGCGGCUUUCAGCUUCGGCGGUGGUGAACACAUUGCCGUCAUCGCUGGCGAAGCUGCUGAUCCGCGCCGUACGCUUAAGAAGACAAUCCGACCAGUCUUUUGGCGUAUGUUUACAUUCUUCGUCUUGAAUAUUUGGCUUGUCGGGAUGUGCGUACCGUACAAUGAUGACGAUCUAGUCAAUGCCAGUGGUACCCUUGGCAGUCCGUUCGUGAUAGCCAUGAAACGGGCUGACGCUAUGUGGUUUGCCCAUCUGAUCAACGGCUUCAUUUUCCUCAGUGUGAUCAGCUGCGGUGUGAGCGCUGGCUACAUUUCUAGCCGAAGCCUUGCAGCUUUGGCCGAUGAAGGCCUCCUCCAUAGCUUCUUUGGCCGCAAGGAUUCUCAGGGGCGUCCAUGGGUUGCUUUGAUCAUUAGUAUCGGUCUUGGUGGCGGAUUGACCUAUCUUAACUGCGCUAGUGUUGGUGUUCAGGUAUACAGCUGGUUCUCAGCCCUGGUAACUAUUGCAACUCUGUUCCAGCUGGGAUGCAUUUACAUUGCUCAUCUUCGCUUCCGCACGGGGCUUCGCGCUCAAGGCUACGACCUCAAGAAAUUGCCCUUCAAAGGUUUUGGAACUCCGUACGCCCAAUAUGUCGCCUUGGUUGUGGUCCUCUUCGUUUUCGGCUGUGAAUUUUACCUCUCUUGUUGGCCAUUUGGAGAGAAGGGCUCCGCCAAAACCUUCUUCUCCUCCUAUCUAGCCGCGCCACUGUUCUUUUUCGACUACUUUUUGUACAAGUUUUGGUUCAAAACAAAAAUAGUCAAGCCAGAAGAAAUGUCCUUUGUCGAGGGAUUAGCGUUCGACGAGCAGGACCGACUGAAUGAGGAAGAAUUGCGGAAUAAGGCCGAAGUGGAAGUUCCGCACGCAUCGUGGCAUAAGCGCGUUAAGUAUUUGAUUUUUGGUUAG